GCCGCCUCGUGUCCCGCAGCCGAGUGGCAGGUGGCGGAGGCCACGGCGCUGGUCCACACGCUGGACGGCUGGUCCGUGGUGCGCACCAUGGUGGUGUCCACCAAGACGCCCGGCAGCAAGCUCGUCUUCGGCAAGGGCAACUUCCAGCACCUGACAGAAAAAAUCAGAGCGUCCCCGGAGAUCACGUCGGUGUUCCUGAACGUGGAGCGGAUGUCUGCCCCGACCAAGAAGGAGCUGGAAGCGGCGUGGGGCGUGCAGGUGUUCGACCGCUUCACGGUGGUGCUGCACAUCUUCCGCUGCCACGCCCGCACCAGGGAGGCCCGGCUGCAGGUGGCGCUGGCCGAGGUGCCCCUGCUCAGGUCCAACCUGAGAGACAGCGUCGCUCACCUGGACCGGCACGGAGGGGGCUCCCGCUACAUCAUGGGCUCAGGGGAGUCGUUCAUGCAGCUGCAGCAGCGGCUGCUGCGGGAGAAGGAAGCCAAGCUGCGCAGGGCGCUGGAGCGGCUGCGGAGGAAGCGGCGCGUCCUGCGCCGGCAGCGCGCGCGGCGGGAGUUCCCGGUGGUGUCCGUGGUCGGCUACACCAACUGCGGUGAGUGGUCCCGGAGGGGCGGCGCGAUUCGGGGAGACGCCGCCCACGCACGCCUGGGGACUGUGCUCCCGCCCGCCCGGCCCGCCCCGCAGGACCUGAUCGUGCACGUGAGGGACGUCAGCCACCCCGAGGCCGAGCGCCAGAAGGCCAGCGUGCUGGCGGCUCUGCGCGGGCUGCGUCUGCCGGACGUGCUGCUGGACACCAUGGUGGAGGUGCACAACAAGGUGGACCUGGUGCCCGGGUACAGCCCCGCUGAGUCCAGCGCCGUGGCCGUGUCUGCCCUCCUGGGCCUCGGGCUGGAGCAGCUCAAAGCUGAGCUGGAAGACGCUGUUUUGAGAGCAACCGGGAGACGGGUGCUCACCCUGCGCGUGCGGCUGGCAGGGGACCAGCUCAGCUGGCUGCACCGGGAGGCCGCGGUACAAGCGGUGGACGUCGUCCCCGAGGACGGGGCGGCCGACGUCAAGGUCCUCAUCAGCAACGCCGCCUACGGCAAGUUCCGGAAGCUCUUCCCAGGAUGAAAGAACAGACGCCGGGCCGCCGGAACCGCAUCUUUGCAGUGUCACUUGCGCGGCCGCCUCUUCUGUCUCGCUCCUCGGCGUUUCCAUGGCAGCGGCCGCCCCGGACGGGUCCGGCCACCUCAGGGUGCUGGGCACGGCUCGGCCCCCCGGCGGUUUCCGUGGCGGGGUGGUGAGCCCUCGUGCCAUGUUCGUGGCUCCUUCCCAGCUUGCUGGGACCCUCGGCCGUGGCAGACAAGCGGGGACGGUGGCUCCCGUCCGGCCGUGUCACAGGUCACGUGCUGUCCCCGAGGCGUUGUCGGGGAAACGCCUAGAAACCGGAGUGCCGGCGGCCCGGGACCCCCGACCACAGGGUGCAAGAGAGCCCCAACGCCGUGCGUGAGGAAGCGCCAGACGGCAGACAGAAGGCAGCGGUGGUGGCCUCACAGGCCACCCGCCGACACACGCAGGGACAGCCUCGCCCCGGGGCAGCCGGGCACACGCCCCCUGUGCGUCAACAGGGAAAAUAAAGCCGCUCCCAUCUUUCUGA